AUGUCGUCAGCGAUGAAGACUGCUGAGGAUACCGUCGAUGAGGAUGCAACUGAGAUGCGGUUUCCUAAAGAGUUUGAAUCGCAAAACUGUGAUGCUCUUCUAACAUCAGAAGUGUUCUUGCUACUCGAGCACAGACGGCAGCAGAAUGAAGCAAAAGAUGAAAUUGAGGAUAUGAGUGAGGUUUGCGGGCUCCUUUUUCUCAUUAAGCGUCAUCCAUUUCCCAUUUGC